AUGGAUGUCAUCUUUGAAACCCAGAAAGACAGGCCUUUUUCCAUUGAAGUUGGUUUCUUUGAUACUGUCCUGGAAAUCAAAGAAAAGGUACAGAAAUACCAGGGAAUACCUAUACCUAGCCAAACUCUUGUCUUCAAUGGCCAAGUUCUCCAAGAUGAGCGAGAUGUUAAGUUUUGUGAAAUCCUCCAAAACUCCCGCAUUCAAAUCCUCGUAGCCCCCGAACCCGAUAAACCUCAAGCUAAUAUUGAACAAUCUUCCCCAUCCAAGAAAAUCCAACUCAACAUCAAUAUACCAUCCUCCUCCAAAGCCUCCGUUCCUCUUGAAAUGGAUGUGAACGACACUGUUUUAAGAUUAAAAGAAAAGAUUCAUGAGAUGGAACCUGUUCCUGUCAACAGGUUAGUAGUUCAAUCGAGCGGCUCAGAGUUACAAGACCAUCGAUCAUUACGCGACUAUGAGCUAAUGGAUAAUAGUGAGAUUGAUGUAAAUAUUAAGCCAUCGCCAACAGGUUCUGGGACAGGAUCAGCAGGGGCGGCAACAACGGGUUCCAAAAGGCUGAAGCUGAUGGUGUUGACCACGUGUGGGACGAAGAAGAUACCGGUUGAAGUGAAUGCAUCAGAUAAUGUGGGAGAGCUGAGAAAAGAACUGCAGAAGUUGCACCAAAGGCUUCAAUUUCAUCUCCCGCAAGAAGGUUAUUUUUUCAUAUAUAAACAGAAUGUGAUGGACGAUGAUCGAUCGUUUAGGUGGCACCAAGUUGCCCAAGGUGAGACAAUUGAGAUCUUUAAUGGAAGUGUUACUGGAGGAUCAUGA